GCCCUCGGCCAGCCGCCCCCAACGGCCGGCCGCGCGCGGCGCCGGGGCCCCUUGGCUCCUCCCCUCGGGCCCCUCCGCGCGCCCGGCGUGCCUUCCUCGCCGCCGCCGGCCCUGCUGCACCUCGCGGGCGCGCCGGGGGGCCGGCCCGCCAUGCCCCAGCCCCACAGGCCUAGGCGCGGCGGCCCGAGAUAGGGUCCCCUGAGCUCCCGGGGGAGGAGAGGGAGCGAGCCGCGCGCUCCGCCCCCUGCCCCCGGGGUGUCGCCGCCGCCGCCACCGCCGCCGCCACCUCGCCCGCUCAGCCUGGCGGGGAGGAGGAGCAGCAGGCCUCCGGGCCCGCAGGACAUUUCUGAUUCAUUUGCAUCCUUGAAGAGCAUCUGUAGAAGAGGAAGGAAAAGAUGGGUGUGAAAACAUUUACUCAUAGUUCCUCUUCCCACAGCCAGGAAAUGCUUGGAAAGCUAAAUAUGCUGCGAAAUGAUGGACACUUUUGUGAUGUCACUAUUCGUGUCCAGGACAAAAUCUUCCGGGCACAUAAGGUGGUACUAGCAGCUUGCAGUGAUUUCUUUCGCACCAAACUGGUGGGCCAAGCAGAGGAUGAGAACAAGAAUGUGUUGGAUCUGCAUCAUGUCACAGUGACUGGCUUUAUACCCCUUUUAGAAUAUGCUUAUACAGCCACUCUGUCAAUUAACACAGAAAAUAUUAUUGAUGUUUUAGCCGCAGCCAGCUAUAUGCAAAUGUUUAGUGUUGCUAGUACCUGUUCUGAGUUCAUGAAAUCAAGCAUUUUAUGGAAUACACCCAAUAGCCAACCAGAAAAGGGUCUAGAUGCUGGACAAGAAAACAAUUCUAACUGCAAUUUCACUUCUCGAGACGGAAGCAUUUCUCCAGUGUCUUCAGAGUGCAGUGUGGUAGAAAGAGCCAUUCCUGUCUGCCGAGAAUCCCGGAGAAAGCGCAAAAGCUAUAUUGUUAUGUCUCCUGAAAGUCCUGUAAAGUGUAGCACACAAACAAGUUCACCACAGGUACUGAAUUCUACAGCUUCCUACUCAGAAAACAGAAACCAACCAGUUGACUCUUCUUUAGCUUUUCCCUGGACUUUUCCUUUUGGAAUUGAUCGAAGGAUUCAGCCUGAGAAAGUUAAACAGGCAGAAAACACCCGAACUUUAGAAUUACCUGGCCCAUCCGAGGCAGGUAGAAGAAUGACUGAUUAUGUGACUUGUGAGAGCACAAAAGCCACCUUGCCUUUGGGUACUGAAGAAGAUGUCCAGGUCAAAGUAGAGAGGUUAAGUGACGAGGAGGUUCACGAGGAAGUAUCCCAGCCUGUCAGUGCAUCUCAGAGCUCACUGAGCGAUCAGCAGACAGUGCCAGGAAGUGAGCAAGUCCAAGAGGACCUUCUGAUUAGUCCACAGUCUUCCUCUAUAGGCUCUGUAGAUGAAGGUGUUACUGAAGGAUUACCAACACUUCAGAGCACUUCUAGCACGAAUGCCCACGUGGAUGACGACGAUCGCAGUACAGAACGACCAAGUCCAAAUGGUCCAGACAGACCUUUUCAGUGUCCAACCUGUGGGGUGCGAUUCACCCGUAUUCAGAACCUAAAACAGCACAUGCUCAUCCACUCAGGAAUUAAACCAUUUCAGUGUGACCGCUGUGGGAAAAAGUUCACCAGGGCUUACUCGCUAAAGAUGCAUCGCCUAAAGCAUGAAGGUAAACGCUGUUUCCGGUGCCAGAUAUGUAGUGCCACUUUCACUUCCUUCGGGGAAUAUAAACACCACAUGAGGGUUUCCCGGCACAUUAUCCGCAAGCCUCGGAUUUACGAGUGCAAAACAUGUGGCGCCAUGUUCACCAACUCUGGAAAUUUAAUCGUGCACCUGAGGAGUCUGAACCAUGAAGCAUCAGAGCUAGCAAACUACUUCCAGAGCAGUGAUUUCCUAGUACCGGACUACUUAAACCAGGAGCAAGAAGAAACCCUUGUUCAGUAUGAUCUUGGAGACCACGGUUUUGAAAGCAACUCCUCUGUUCAAAUGCCUGUAAUUUCACAGGUCUCCUCCACCCAGAACUGCGAAAGCACUUUCCCCUUGGGGUCUCUCGAUGGGCUGGCAGAAAAGGAGGAAGAGGUGCCAGAGCAGCCAAAGACCAGUACUUGUUCUGAGGCAACCAGAGAUGACCCCCCAAAAUCAGAGCUGUCUUCUAUAACUAUUGAAUAAUUUUGUGACUUGGCUUCAUUUUUUUUGGUUUUUGGAAAGUGCCUGUGCUUGGUCUUGUACAUUUAAUUUAAUUUUUUCAACAAAAAUAGAAUUUGGGAAGAAUUUCCCUUUUUACUUUGUAAGCCCUACAACUGAUAUUUUUCAUAACUGAGAUUGUUUCUGUAAGUACACUAUAACAUAAUGUUGGAAUACAGUAGAAACUAUGAUACUUCAGAAAAGCGGUUGACUUUACAAAAUAUACCACUGUCUUCUUCCAUUGUUAGAAGUAGGGUAAUGGUAGACCAUUAGGUACAGGAAAAAUGAGAUGAUCAUUAACCUUCCGAGAUGAAAGGGCAUAUGAGAAACAAAUUACUAAACUGACAAAUGGCCUGAGUAGAUGUUUACUCCUACACACAGGAUGCUGCACAAUAUUUUGUAAAGCCUGAUGAUUUCGAAGUAUUUAUGGUAAGCUGUCUUUAAAAUUAUUAGGAUAAAUACUUCUGAAAUCCAGCAUACUCUUUUGUUAAAUCUUUGUCAGUUCUGUUGUAUUUUUUAUGAUGAAAGGUUGGUAAUAGGAUAGAGAAGGCAUUCGUUACACUCUUACUGUGUCACUCAAAUGGCAGAGAAUCGUGCCUGCAUGUAGUCAAGCUGUGGAUGAAAUGGCCAGGACUGGAGGGUGAAGUAGGUAAAGCCCAGCUUCACAGGAACUGUUCUAUUCCUGCUUUGCUGACUAAAACUAAUACUCUUCUGGUGUUUGAAUGUUAUUGCCUGACUAAAUGGAUCACCAUCCAAAUCAGUUUUCCCCUUGCCCCAUCAUCAAUACUUUCCCUUACUAUACUGACUGCUACCAUAUAAAGUAAAAAUAUUGGAGAUAUUCUAUAUUUUAUAUAUAGGCUUAUGUAUUGGCAGGGAUGUUUUUAAUGUGUUUUUUGAACAAGAUGAUUCUCUGUUGAGCUACAUUCUUAACUAAGAUUGUUUACAAAAUCCCAUAUGACCGUGACAUAUUGUCCUUGUUCCAAAAUAUUUUUAGACAUUGCCAAGUUUGUUAAAAGCAGUUAUUAUAGUUUUUACAGAAUGUAAGCAAUAAUGUAAAAGAUAAGAAAAAGCUAUAAAAUGAAUAUCUAUGACUCAUCAUUCUGGGAAAGAAGAAAAUUAUUUAUACUAACAACUAAAAACUAAAUUAAUGGGUAUCGAUUUUUUUUUUUUUUGCUGGCAAAAAAGGAAACUUCCUGAUUUUCUAGCUAAAGUUUACCAGAUGCUCUGGAUUGAAGCAUAUUUUUCAUCGGAUGCUAUUAAAGCAUCUCUGCCCCAAUCCUAAAUAUGAGUGAGUUCGUGAGUAGAUAUUUGAAUCACGUUUGUUCUGUAUAUGUACCCAAAGCUUAAUAAUCAAGAAAGCAAAGCAUUAGAUUAGGUUAGGGAAGAGAAACAAAAUGCUGUUCUUUAUAGUGACUUUCUUCAUUUUUUUCUUUUCAUUGAUUAUGUAAUUUAGGCUUUU